AAAUCAAAUGGAUUGGGGAAGAAAGAGAGUUUGAUUUGUGAUAAUCCAUUCUCUCUUUCUUCAGGGGAAAGAGAGAUGGUGAGCCUGGGGCCUGAGAGAGACUGAGAAGGAAACACAUGUCACCAGUGGCUUUCUGCUCUACAUGCUCUUUCCCAGGGACAACAGAAACCUGAGGGGUAAGCAAGGCAACGAACAGGAUGUUUAAAGGAUAAGUGCCAGACACCAAAAUGAGUGUCACUUCGUGGUUCCUGGUGAGCAGCACUGGCAUUCGCCACCGCCUCCCGCGGGAGAUGAUAUUUGUUGGCAGAGAUGAAUGUGAACUAAUGCUCCAGUCCCGCAGUGUGGAUAAGCAGCAUGCAGUUAUCAACUAUGAUAAGGAAAAAGAUGAGCACUGGGUGAAGGAUCUUGGAAGCUUAAACGGGACAUUCGUGAACGACGUGCGGAUUCCUGACCAGAAGUACAUUACGUUAAAACUGAAUGACGUGAUUCGCUUUGGCUACGAUUCAAACAUGUAUGUCCUGGAACAUAUUCAACACAAAGUUCCUGAGGAAGCAUUAAAGCAUGAGAAGUACACUAGCCAACUCCAGAUGAAUUUCAAGGGCACGGCAAUAAAAAGGGUGGAGCAGUCGAUGGAACAUGGUGGUUAUAACGAAUCUACACAAGCAAAACUGGAGAAAGGAGAGAGGAAAGCAAUUACAGAAACUACUGCUUACCGCACCCCGCUCUAUGGUCAGCCGUCCUGGUGGGGAGAGGACGACGCAAACAACAAGCUAGAGAGACAGGAGGACAGAAGGCAGGAGGAACAUUACUUGGAAAGAACAAAGGAGAUGCCCCAACAUGAAGAAGAGCUCAACGGUAACAUUAAUGCUUAUAGAGACUCCCAGGAACAGUCGGUAUAUGCAUUCCGACGAGAACCCAGUUACUUUGAAAUCCCCACUAAAGAAUUCCAGCAGCUGGCCAAAUCUCCUGAAACGCAGGUCCAUGAGAUCCCAACCAAGGACGUUGACUCAGUAGUUCCACCCGUUGUGCAAAGCCACGCCUCUUUUACCAUUGAAUUUGAUGACGGUACUCCUGGUAAAAUAAAGAUAAAAGAUCACGUUACUAAAUUUUCACUUAGACAAAGAAGACCCUUUAGUAAGGAGCCUGCCCACACAGAGAUGAUCUCAGCGGAGAGCAAAGUGGCUGAUUGGCUGGUACAGAAUGAUCCAAGUUUAAUGAGAAGACAGUCUCCAGGAGAUGACGUGUACAGUACGAAGAGUGAUCUGCCCGUUCAUGUGAGGACACUUAAAGGCAACAGACAUGAAGACGGGACACAAAGUGAUUCUGAAGACCCAGUUGCCCCCAAAACCGAGAAGGAGACUGCUGGCAGCGACCGCACAGCUGAACAAGCCAGGCUUCAGCGUCAAAUUCGACGUGAUCCUCAUGAGAUGCUUCACAACAAACAGGCCUUUGUCAUCGAGUUCUUCGACGAUGACACACCUCGGAAAAAGAGGUCGCAGUCUUUCACGCACAGCGCUCACUCUUCCCAGAGUGACACCGACCAGGGGCUGAAGGCUAAGGUCGAAAAGCGCAAAACUGUGCCUGCUGAGAAGCUAGGGGGCACGGUGCCCCCUCCUCAUGUGGUCACCCAGGUGAACAAGACACCCAGCACCCCUUCUGGGCCCACUCAGAGAACCGGCUACUUUAAGAGAGAGAAGACGGAGGAUCGGAUCAGCAGUUCAUCCUCCUCCACUUUGAGGACAUCUGCCAAGACAUAUGGCAGCGUUGGAAGGAAGUCUAAACUUGCUCAGGAUUUUGCUGCCGAAUAUCUGAGAGAGACCUCACAAGCAGCAAAGCCAAGCAUGGAGAAGCCAGCCCCUGCACCAAUGGUUGUGGCUCCACGGGUCGUCAUCUCAUCAGCGCCGGAAACUGGCUGUGUGCCACCCACUGAUUCGAAGCUGGCCCAAAUGAGGAAGAAUGACGAGGAAGACAGCUUGAGCGAAACGGGUACCUACACCAUUGAGACAGAGUCACAGGACAAAGAAGUAGAAGAAGCCAGAAAAAUGAUAGAUCAGGUGUUUGGUGUGCUCGAGUCUCCUGAGCUUUCCAGAAUCUCUUCAGCCUUUCGACCUAUUAUAAAGGGCGAAAAAGAAGAAAUGGUCUCUCACCAGCUUCUAAUCAGUGAAAAUGGCACGAGUCAGAAAGCACCUCUGUUCCAGGCAUUCACUUCAAAAAACACUAGUGGGUCCCCAGGCGAGAUGCAGAUGUCUUCAGCAUCUCAAGGCAGUCAAAAAUGGGUCUCUAGGUGGGCAAGUCUUGCUGACAGCUACUCAGAGCCAGGAUCUGCUCCCACGCAGGGAGAAGGUAGUCAAGAAAGUGUCCCAGCUCGUGAACCAGGGGAGCCAGAGAUCAUGGUGCCUUUAAGGACAAGAAGGCUUCUUCCCCAGCUCCCUCCAAGUGAUAAAUGCGACAGUCCCACACCCACAGUUUUAAUUUGCCAAGACUCUUAUUCUGAAGUGUCAAAGCGGAACGUCAUAAAGAGUCACACUACAGAAGCCUACGUGGAUCCCAGCAGCCGACUGUUCAUCCAAGAAGACUUGGAUCCUGAUAGUCUUAGUGAUGCCAGCAAAUCUGAUGAUGGCUUUGGCUUAGAAAAAGGCAGGAAGUACAAAGAGAACAGCAACAUGCCUGAGCAAGAACGGCAGAGAGGGGAGGAGGGAAAACCUGAGAGCUGGCAGCCAGCAGCUCCACGGGGUUCAAAUAUCAGAGCUGUAAGUGAGACAGCAUCUACUUCCUUCUACAUUGGCGAUGAAGCAGAUGAAGUUGGAGUUCCUCCCAAGAUCACCCUGAGCACAUCUCAUUCUCGAGCAGACAAAGACUACAAAGAUCAAGUGUUUCCCUUCAAGGCAGCCAGCAUGGUUGUUUCUGGAAAGCCACUGGUCAAAGAUGUGAAUGCCUACAUCAGUGCAGCAGGGAAAAUAGUUGUACCCCCUCAUCAGAGUCUUCCUCAAGAGCAAGAAAACUUGGCCCCAAAGGAAAUGUCAUCCUUCGUUAGGCAGGAAAGUUUUACCAAAGAUAAAUCAAGCAGUGUUGUUCCUCAAAACAAACUCCCACAUAUUUCAAGUCAUCCCUUGCUUAAAGAUUUAGAUUCUACUCGGUCAAACCGUAUGGACUUCAAUCAGGACACCCAUCUUAUCCUCAAAGAUACUGAAACUGCUUUGGCAGCUCUAGAAGCCAAAAUACUUUGUCAAAGCCAACAGUUAGAGCCUUCAGAAGUUGUUUCUGGGCAACUUGAAGACUCCUUAUCUGGGGACUCUGAUGUGGACACAGCGAGCACUGUUAGCUUGGUCAGUGGAAAAAAUGUCCCUGUCACUGUCCCAAAACUUAAUGCUGUCACCAGCUUGCAGAAAGAAAAAUCUUCCUCUGCACCAUCCAUGCAAGACCAGGGCAUCCAACCUACUGCUUGCGAGAGGUUAUCGGAAAAGCGCAAGACACUUCCUCCUGAGACAGGAAGCCGAGUUGAAAUGACCAAGCGUUUCCAAAUGAAACGUAGCUCUGGGACACGUGGGUCUCUGGAUUUUACAGAUGAUGAGAGGAGCUCUAGUCUUCCUUAUUUGCCGGUUACUGAAACAGCGUCCUCUGAUCAAGAGCAUUCUGUGGCCAGGCCUACAUCCAGGAGGAAACCUUUUACUCAGACCGUAAAAGAGGAGCAUAGCAAAGCAACAGCACAGAAGAUCCAGCAGGUUCUCACCAGGUCCAACAGUUUGUCGACCCCACGGCCCACCAGAGCCUCGAAGCUCCGCCGUGCCCGGUUGGGAGAUGCAUCGGAUAAUGAAUGUGUUGAUAUGGAGAAAACAGCCUCUGGGGUAGAAACCACAAGCUCAUCUUCUAAGCAAUCCACAGAAGCUAAGAAACUGUCCAGGCUAGACAUCCUUGCCAUGCCAAGGAAACGGGCAGGUUCAUUUACGGUGCCAAGUGACUCUGAAACAACACAAUCAAGAACAGGUUUUUCUGGGCGCAACGCAGAGCUGUAUCGGAAGCCAGUGGUGUCUGAGGUUAGAACUGCAGCUAGAAAAACUGCAUCAGCUGCUUCUACCAAGCAGCCUUUCAGUAGAACUCGUUCUAGCAGUGUCAAAUAUUCAUCUUCUUCCACUUCAAGGAGGAGACUGCAGGGCUCAGAUUACACUUCUACUUCCGAGGAGGAGUAUGGCUCAAACCACAGCUCCCCUAAACACAAACGCUCCCAUACUUCAACAGCUACCCAGACGCCGCGGACACGUGGUUCUGGGCUAAGCCGACAGAAGCACAAUGGGAGAGAAACGGAUGAUGAUGAAGACUUUGAUGAAGCUGACCCCUACAACUUCAUUGCACAAACAGCAGAGAUAGCGGAAAUUGCCAGAUUAAGCCAAACCUUGGUGAAAGAUGUAGCCAUCCUUGCUAGAGAGAUUCAUGAUGUCGCUGGAGAUGGGGAUUCUCAGAGCUCUUCAGGAACUGGACCAAGUACCUCCCACAGUUCAGUGCCCAACACCCCUGCUUCUACCAUAUCAGCGAGGGAAGAGAUUGCUCGUAGAUCUUUACGGCCGGCAUAUCCAUUUCAGCUGGUGCAGCACAUUCCAGAAGCAAGUCUGAACUACCAGAAGGUGCCUCCGGGGUCAAUGGAACUCAAGGAUUUUGAUCAAAACAUGAAUGAUAACAGAGAAGAGGAUCCUUCACGAAAAACGAGGACGAGAAAUCGAGAGGAGGUCAUCUUUGACAACCUCAUGUUGAACCCAGUGUCACAAUUAUCCCAUACAAUCCGUGAAAAUACAGAAAACCUGGCUGAAAAAAUGAAAAUUCUCUUUCAGAACUCUGAAAGGACCUGGGAGGAGAUGGAGGCCAAAAUUAACUCUGAAAAUGAAGUGCCAAUUUUAAAGACCUCAAACAAGGAAAUCAGUUCUAUUCUAAAGGAGUUAAGGAGAGUUCAGAAACAACUUGAAGUUAUAAAUGCAAUCAUUGACCCCACUGGGAACUUGGACGUGGUUGCAAAUAACAAAGCAUCCUCUGCUGCUAAACAAUCUAGUGCUCCUCUGGUCAGGACUGUUAACAUGGCUGGGUCUACACUGGAGACUUUGUCCCCAGUUCAGAUGAGAAACUACACUCAGAAAUCGAACUGUGCAUCUUCUAGCUUGCAGGAUUCUAACUUCAUUUCAGAUGGAAAGAAAUACGUGAUCUGACACACUAUUUUGUAUUGCAGUCCUAUUGUAAUUUACUGUGGCGUUAGUAUUGUGUACGAGUGGUUGUGGACAGUUAUUGUGUGGAGCAGUUGUUUAGAUUGCUAACACGUUGCACAAAAAAAAAAGAUCUAUGCUGUGUGGGUGAAUGGCAAGUCUGUGUAUGCCUUUUAAUCAAGACUAGCACUGUGGAGCAGCACAUAUUCAGCAUAGAGGCAAGCUAUGAUUUUGAGAAAGCAACUCACUUCAAUUCUUCUGACGUGCCAUAAAAAUAACAGGCUUUGUAUAUCCUCCAUUCACUACUGCUGAAGCUCUAAAGUGUUCUUGCAUUAGCCUGUUUAUAGCGUUGUUUCUGAUCGGUUAUAAUGAAGCUCUUUGAAAAAUAUAUAUACCUUUUUUGGUCAACACUACAUUUUUUUAAUUGAAACAUGGUGCAUUACUGUUCUGUAGGAAUCAACUUGCAUGUCUUGCUGUGUGAUGAUGCAGUACAGUUGGUUUCUGUUUUGGUUGUAUGGAAAACGUUUUCAGUGUUUUUGCAUACAAAAGAAAAA